AUGAAAUCUCAAUUGAGUGCCUCGAAUCCUUGGGCAUUGAAAAGAUCUGAUAAUGAUGAAGAACAAGAGACAGAGGAAAACGAGUUUCUCGAAGCGACUGAAGGGUUUAGAAGCACCAAAAAGACCACCAAGAAGAGGAUAAUUGCUAACGAUGUUGAUUCAUCAGAUGAAGAAAAAUCAGGGCCAGAAGAUAUUAAAGUACAAGAUUCGGACGAUGAUAUGUUUGCUGAUCUGGAUGAUGAACAAAAACCAGAUAAAGUACAAACCAAAGAGACAGAAGAAGAAGAAGAAGAAGAAGGAAAAGGAGAAGAUAUUACUAAUAAUGCUGUCAAGUUGUUAGACAUUGAAAAAUUUGAAAAUGAACUUAAUGAAGAUGAAGCAGAUGAUCAAUAUGGAACUAGAGAGAAUGAAGUUGGGUUAGAUGAUAGAUUUGGCGGAGAAAAAGAAUUUAUCCAAAGUGACGAUGAAAACAAAAGUGAUCAAAGCGAUAAAGAAAUAAAGUUUACAUCCUUUGGGUUAAAAGAAGAAUUGAAAGAGGGGAGAUUUGAUGAAAAUGAGCAUUUUAUAAGGUACGAAAGUGAGGAUGAAGAGGAGAAAGCCCAAGAUGAUUGGUUGAAAGGGAUCAAGAAAUCGGAUAUCGAUAAGGCCAAAAAAGCAGAAGAGGCUCGUAAACUACGAGAGCUUGAGCAACGUAAAAAUGUGAAAUCCGAGCCCCUAGAGACUUUAUUAAGGAAACUUAUUGAUCAUUUGACGGUAGCAGAAACCCCAGAGGAAAUGUUACAACGGUAUUACGCUGAUUCUCAAAAAAUUAUCAAGAAGGCUAAUCCCCGGAAAGCGAGAAAAAAGCUACAGAUGAGUGAGGAAGAUGAAGCUCAGCUCCGAUCCAUUAAGAAUAGAACUAGUGAAGUAACGGGGAUAAUCAAUUCAAUUAUAGAUAAAGGAGGGUUUAACAAUAUUUAUGAUUUGUCAAAAGAAGAGCUAAUGAGGAAGUAUAAAGAAGAAACUGGCGAGGAUUACAAGACCGGAAAAUCAAAUACCCACCAGAACCCCACAGGCACUAAAAGAAAAUUUGAUGAGGUGGAAGAUCCUUUGGUGAAUGAUAAAGUUUGGGAAUUCAAAUGGACUACCAAAGAAAACAUCUAUGGACCAUAUUCCACCACAGAGAUAAUGAAUUGGAAAAAGACGUAUUUCCAGAAUAGGGCGAUGGUGAGAAGAAUAGGCGAGGAGAAGUUCAAACACAUUUCCGAGUGGAAUGGAUGA